CUCAACAGGUCUGUGAUCCUCUCCAAUGUGCUCUAUGUCCCUGCUCUGUCUCAUAAUCUGAUCUCCACUACAUACCUGUCAGUUCACCAUGACUACACUGUGCUCAUGAAGGAGAACUACAUCCUGUUCAAGCAAAAUGGUGAAGUGUACUUUGUGGCAGACAUCUCAGAGCAGGGUCAGGCAUUUGUGAGAGAGACUGUCAUGUAUAAAGAGCUGGUUACUGGUGUGAGGCUUGCCUCUACUAGGAAGCCAGACCCCAUCUGUGAGCCAUGUCUUUUUGGCAAGCUGAAUGCUGGCCUGUUUCCCUCAACUGGUCAUUGUUCUGGAGCGCCUCUUGAUCUCAUUCACUCUGAUCUAAAGAGCUACUCUGUGCCCACCCGCGAGGGCUGGAAGCACAGGGUGACUUUUGUUGAUGAUCACACUGGCUUCAAGGUAGCAUACCACAUGAAGAACAAGAGUGAGACCUUUGCAGCCCUUAAGAUGUUUCAAGUGUUGAAGCAGGAAAUGCAGAGAGGACUGGAGUCAACAGUAAGAAGCUCUGCAUUGCAAGAGAAAACAAGAAAAGAAUCUACAGACCUGGAGUCAACAGUAAGAAGCUGA